AUGAGCGACGAUGAAGCUCUUCCCGAGUCGGAUGGCGACGUCGUGAUGGCUCUCCCCACGUCUACAGACCCCACUUCUCCUCACUCUCAAUCUUCAGUACAUUCCACUUGUAUCUUGUCCAAUUUCGCCGCUGGAGAUCUUCCAACUCUUCCUCCCAACAUCGCUACAAUCGAUUCAACGGAAGCUCUGGACUCACUCUUGACCCCGUUUUUACCGCUUCUUACGCGUCUCCAAGUCUCACGACGUGUCUCUGCUACGCCUCAUACAAUUUUGAAACCAACGGCACUGGACGUCACGCUGCUUCGUGUCGAAAAGGCGUCUAAAUGGCGUCAAUACGCUCAAGUUUUCGUCGAUUUGACACCGUCCAAGCUUCAAUCGGCUUUAACUUGUGACUCAGAACCUGCAUUUCGUCGAUUUGAAAGCGGAUCAGUAUAUGAACGAGUAUUGAUUGUCUUGUGUGAGUGGUUACUUGCAGCUCCUGGAAGUUUGGAGUCCAGUGAGCUCUUUUCAAACGAGAUUUACCAGGAAGAAGUGGCGACCAUCUUAGUUCAAACACUAGCAAGUCACAACCUUCAGACACUGCAAAUGACUUCUGUCGGUCCAUUGAGCGUUCAUUUAGUGGUACGCAAGGCUCUGGCGGUAUCUUUGGGCCCCGUACUACUUUCGAGAUUAGCAGUCAAUGAUCCUUCGAGGGUUGAGCAAAUUAUGGAUGCUAUGGUAGCGAUCGUAGUAGAGGUAUCUGCAGAAAGCAAGAACAUGGUACAGCAAGAGCAGGAUGCGCUGAAUACAAUGACGUCGAUACUGGAGAACGCGCGACAAGCUUGUAUAGAACUGGCCAAGCUGACGCCGCUCUAUGCGGCUAGACUAAGAGAUAAACUUAGUCAGCAGACCAUAUCGCUGCAUUGCGCAGCCAUGACGUUUGAGCUGUUGACAAUAUGUACGAAUCGAGAGGACAUGAUUUUGUUCAUGUAUCAGUGGUUGAAGAGACACGGUGCGCCGGGGUCGGCCUUGCGGACGUAUGUGCAACUGGCAAGUCGGGAGGGGACAAGCAAGUUUCAACAUGAUGCAGUCGCCAAUUUGACAAAAAUGUGCGGUAUGCUGCUGGAUACGCUAGACAUUCCAGAUGUAUCACCCUUCGAAUUGACAGCAGCUUUGGGUGUAUGUAUCGGGCUUCAAGUGCUCGGCAGCUUUCCAUUGAACGAAUCGAAGCGGAUUCGAAUUUUAGAAAGCCUCGACAAGCUUGCAACGUCGUCGUCUUCGUCACGCGCGAUAAGCCUUGCUUUUAUGGUGGUAGUGCUGCUGUGGUAUCCUCUUGCUCCAGCAUUGAGUAAGGCACCGGGUCAGCGCGACGAGCACACUAAGAAAGCUGUAGCUAUGUCUCAGCAAGUGCUAGUCUCACUAUUUCAUGCUCGAAAAACUGACACUGGACCGCUUUUCGUGGUAUCAGCGGUACUGUUCUAUACAAAAGUACCUGCCCUUGUGCCUUUCCUCGCGUCUGUGAUUGGAUUUGACAGAGACAUGUGCACCACUUUUGCCUCGGCAUCUGUAGCAGGAUGUGGCAUUCAGGUUCAGCAAGCAGUGCGAGCGGAGUAUCUCCAUGUGUUUGGUGAUGUAGUGCUCAAGCCGGUUUUAACUGAGAGCUUGCUAGCCCGUGAGGUGCUGACAUUCCCACCAGUAGUCCGCGUCUCUGCGCUAGAUGCGGUGUCGUCAGGCCAUGGAAACGACCUCACGCUUCGUGCAUUUCACGGACUGCUAUGCGAGAAGUCUUUUUUACGGCAUCAUCACGGACAUCGGCUUGAAAAUUGGCUGGCUAAUCAGAUUGGCGAGCAGGCAGCUUUGCCCGUUCACCCCCUUCUCGUCAGUCUGUUGCUUGAAUGGGUCGAUAAUUAUGUUAUGGCAUUCGAGUACCCUAUCGUCCAAGCUCCUCGUCGGCUUCAGCUUUCGAUCAUUCCUCUGCAAAGUUCCACUUUGGCAAAAUGGCUUGCGUCACCGCUCCUAACUCGCGCCUUUGAAUGCAGUUGUGGCGUGGAAGAGCAUGAAUUAGAGUGGGCACGCGGAGUAUUGGGGCUCACGUACGCGCUACAGUUCAACCAGCGACUACGUUACGCUACAAUGGUCGCUGGUAGUAAGCUAAGCAGUCUGAUUUCGACUUCGUCGGUGGUAUCCGGCUCGUCAACUCUAGCUUCAUUGGGACCUGGAGCUGAUUUAUGCCUUAGUUAUGACCUGAGCGCGUUCCCGUUGCGUAACAUUGCAACCCAGGCCCUUGCGCACGGAGAUAAGGGUGGUGUCUUUGAGUACGUUGCUCCUACGCUGAUGAAGCUCAUGGUUGAGGAACAUCCGCAGUUGUUUGGCGCUGGUACGGCAUUAGAGCUGCCGUGUUCAACGUUGCCUUUAUUGCCCUUCGCGGCUAGUCCUCACGAUCUUGCGGAGCAAGAUCUUAGGAAUAGCUGGUUCCGUCAUCGUCGAGAAAUUGGCCAAGUCCUGGGCAUCCGCGUUGCUCAGGAUCGUGUGUCAUGGACAUCAGUCCACAUGCUUAUGAUUGAGCUGCAGUCGGCGCCAAUUGACGUGGUGAUGAACGAGCUGCUCAUGCUAGUAGACGGUUUCUUACCGUACGUAGUUGUGUCGUCGCAAGCGUCACCGGCUUCAUGUCGACAAGUAGCGGCAUUCUGCUCACAACUUGCAGCACUUUACGAGACACGUGCUCGUCGUGAACAAGGGUCGUGUAUGCAUUUAGUGAUGCGAUUGGUACAUUCGCUGUGCUUUCCAGAUGCGCUUUGGCGUCAUCAACAGGUACAAACGCACGAAGGAGAGGUAUUCCAGCUGCUGACUUACAAGCAGGUACUAGAGGAGCCGUUCCGCCUUGUGGAAGAUGCCCACGAUAGUGUCUUCUGUCAACCAGCUUUGUUGCGAAUUCUCCUUGGGCUUGUUCGCGACGUACGAGCCGCAGCUAAUGCUUACGUGGUCAAGUGCGACCCAAGCUUAGUGCCAGUCGAAGGAAUAAUGUCUGGUACCACAUCUACCACAGCCAGCGUACAGCAGCAUCAGCUCCUGCAGGACUGCAUAUUGGUCCAUUGUCUUCUAAAGCGACUUUUUGUUUUGAGCUCGGAGUCGACCGACGACGAAGUAGCUGAAGAAAGCCGAACGUUGUUAUGCACACUCGUGAAUGAGCUGCUGGUUGCAGAUAGUAAAACAUCGUCUCCCCCGCAAUUGCUACUGGCUAUUCACACACAGGGCUAUGACGCUUCGUUGGUUUCGACAUUGGUCGCCAAUGUACCAGCUAUGAAGUUGUUGUGGGAUUAUUGGAUGGCAGCAACUUCUCCCUCUUCUGGUUCUUCGUCGCGCUCGUCUACUCCAGCAACAAAGCCACUGAUGGAAUUCGUGUCAGACGGAGCUGAAAAGAAUUUGGCAAAAUGGCGUUUUCGGUUGCGUGUAGUACUCUCAUUGUGUGCUGCGCAUCUUUCGGGCAGUCGACAGAGUGUUGCGAUGCAACAGGCCCUUCGUGUGGUGUGGAAUAAGCUGCGCAAUGGCGUUGGCAACUCUGGCCAGAGCUAUGCCGAAUAUGUGAAUUUUUUGAGCGAAGUGUUGCCUUGGAUUGUGGAAGCAUGCUCACAGAGUGCCGAUCUUAGCGCUGAGCUCGUUCAUUUCCUGCUCAAAUUGCAGCGACAGCAACAAAGUGGAUCGGGUAGCAGCAAGGGAAGAGAUAGCGGUCGGAGGGCAGCAGCGGAGGUGACAGGAAAGCCUCAAGAGCAUCGUCAAAUGCUAGCGCAAGUUUUGAACGACACAUACGCCUCCUUGGUUCAACAGAUUUAA